AUAUAUGAUUCGAGUACAAAUAUUAAUUUUACAUCAUAUAAAUUGUAUGAAAAAUAGUUUAAAUAUGUUUGACACAGGCCAAAAACUAUUGACAAUAUCAUUUAAAAUCUCUGAAAUCUUUUGCUGUUUUGGUUUUCUGCUUGUCAUUGCUUCCUCGAGUAAUGCCCAAAAUCCAAAUUGUUUUUUACAACUUAGUGUGGAACCCGAAAAGUCAUAUUAUAUACGCAGCCCAAAUUAUCCACAAAAUUAUACAGGAUAUAAUGAAUGCACGUGGAAUAUUAAAAGUUAUUCUCCCAUUCACAUAAAUUGUGAAAUUGAUAUUCCUUCGUCGAAUAACUGUCAGCUUGAUCAAGUGCAGAUAUAUUUAAAUCCAAAUAAGGGUCCCUUAAAUUUAUGUGGAAAUGGUACAUUUAGUAGAGACUCGGAAGGUAAUGAAAUGAAAAUCGCUUUUCGGAGUAAUUAUAAUACGAUUGGAGGAAGAUUUCUUUGCUAUCUGUUAACUAUUGUUCCUGAAGAAAAUUGCAGAUGUGGUUGGAAGAAACCGACAAGAAUAGUUGGCGGUGAAAAUACAGGAGUGAAUGAAUAUCCCAUGAUGGCAGGAAUUGUUGAUCUACUAUACGUACACGUUUUUUGUGGUGGUAGUAUAAUAUCUAAUAAGCAUGUCUUGACAGCAGCUCAUUGUUUGAGAAAUAGAGACGCUGAUGAACUUGCCGUUCUUAUUGGUGACCACGAUCUUACAACAGGAAGAGAUGCGAAUGCAAGUCUUUUCCGCAUCUACAAUUAUGUUCUACAUCCUUCCUUUUCACUCACCAAACGAAAUAGCGAUUUUGACAUUGCAAUUAUAACGGUUACCGAUAUUAUUCAAUUUACCAAUGAAGUUGGCCCAGCUUGUCUUCCAUUUCAGCAUAAUCACGACAGUUUCAGUGGAUCCCUUGUUGAACUUCUCGGUUGGGGAUCGACUGAGUUCGCUGGACCCACAGCAGAUAUUCUUCAAAAAGCGAAAGUGAGUGUCAUCAAUCUUUCAGAAUGUGUCAGGUCUAACCCAGCAAUUACAGACCAUCAGCUAUGUACCCUUACGAAAGGAAAAGACGCAUGCCAGUUUGACAGUGGUGGUCCAGUAUUAUGGCAAAAUCCAACAACAAGCAGAAUUGUCAUUGUAGGCAUUAUUAGUCAUGGUAUUGCUUGUGGGAUAAAUAUCCCAUCAGUAAAUACACGAGUGGGAGCCUUCCUAGACUGGAUCGUGUCUGAGACUCAAGGUUCCAAGUAUUGCCAGUAUGAAUAGCUUUCCACCAAGGAAGUUUCGAGCACCUGAUAUGUGUUUCUACACAAAUUAACAAAAAUUAGUACUUUUUUGAAUUGUUAAUUCUAAUCAAUUUAGAAGAUGCUUUAGGAUGGCCUUAAUUACACUAAAAAUUUGUAUUUUGUGCUAUUAUAAAAAUAUUAUUACAGU